UUUGUGCUCGAAACAUCUACAAUGUGUCUGCGAGGGAGAAAGAGGAGGCUUUCUGCUCCCAUAAAGAGCUACAGUCUAGGAACCCCCGGGGCAACUCUAGCCCAGCCUCUAGGAUCGCUGGCAGUCGGAAGGGCCUGGAUGGCAGGGAGGAAACCCAAGUGCGACCCCUCCCAGUUCCAGUGCACCAACGGGCGCUGCAUCACCCUGCUGUGGAAGUGUGACGGGGACGAGGACUGUGCCGACGGCAGUGACGAGAAAAACUGCGUGAAGAAGACGUGUGCCGAGUCAGACUUCGUGUGCAACAACGGCCAGUGUGUCCCCAACAGGUGGCAGUGUGACGGGGACCCUGACUGCGAGGACGGCUCUGACGAGAGCCCGGAGCAGUGUCAUAUGCGGACGUGUCAAGCACACGAGAUCAGCUGCGGGUCCCGGUCCACUCAGUGUGUGCCAGUGUCCUGGAGGUGUGACGGCGAAAGUGACUGUGACAAUGGAGAGGACGAAGAAAACUGUGGCAACGUGACAUGCAGCGCCCAGGAGUUCACCUGCUCCGGCGGCCGCUGCAUCUCCAAGAACUUCGUGUGCAACGGGCAGGAUGACUGCGGUGAUGGCAGCGACGAGCUGGACUGCAUGCCCCCCACGUGCGGCCCCCAUGAGUUCCAAUGCAGCACGGCCUCCUGCAUCCCCCUGGGCUGGGUGUGUGACGAGGACGCCGACUGCUCCGACCAGUCUGACGAGUCCCUGGAGCAGUGUGGCCGCCAGCCAGCCAUGCACGCCCGCUGCCCAGUCAGUGAGGUCCAGUGCGGCUCCGGCGAGUGCAUCCACAAGAGGUGGCGCUGUGACGGGGACCCCGAUUGCAGGGACGGCAGUGACGAGGUCAACUGUCCCUCCCGGACCUGCCGGCCGGACCAGUUUGGUUGUGAGGACGGCAGCUGCAUCCACGGCAGCAGGCAGUGCAACGGUAUCCGGGACUGCGUGGACGGCUCCGAUGAAGUCAACUGCAAAAACGCCAACCAGUGCUCGGGCCCCGGGAAGUUCAAGUGCCAGAGUGGAGAAUGCAUCGAGGCCACCAAAGUGUGUGACCAGGAACAGGACUGCAGGGACUGGAGUGAUGAGCCCCUGAAGGAGUGCCAUGUGAACGAGUGCUCGGUCAACAACGGCGGCUGCUCACACAUCUGCAGGGACCUUGUCGUGGGCUACGAGUGCGACUGUGCCGCUGGGUUUGAGCUGAUAGAUAAGAGGACCUGUGGAGAUAUUGACGAAUGCCAAAACCCAGGAAUCUGCAGCCAGAUCUGUAUCAACUUGAAGGGUGGUUACAAGUGUGAAUGCAGCCGUGGCUACCAGAUGGAUCUUGCCACUGGCGUGUGCAAGGCAGUAGGCACAGAGCCCAGUCUAAUCUUCACAAACAGGAGAGACAUCCGGAAGAUAGGCUUGGAGAGGAGGGAGUAUAUCCAGCUGGUGGAGCAGCUAAGAAACACGGUGGCUCUCGAUGCCGACAUAGCUGCCCAGAAACUGUACUGGGCGGAUCUGAGCCAAAAGGCCAUCUUCAGUGCCUCAGUUGAUGACAAGGUUGGUAGACAUGUUAAAAUGAUCGACAAUGUCUAUAAUCCUGCAGCCAUCGCUGUGGAUUGGGUGUACAAGACCAUCUACUGGACUGAUGCCGCUUCUAAGACUAUUUCAGUAGCUACCUUAGAUGGAAGCAAGAGGAAGUUCCUGUUUAAUUCCGACUUGCGAGAGCCGGCCUCCAUAGCCGUGGAUCCGCUGUCUGGCUUUGUGUACUGGUCAGACUGGGGCGAACCGGCCAAGAUAGAGAAAGCGGGCAUGAACGGAUUCGACCGGCGACCACUGGUGACCAUGGACAUCCAGUGGCCCAAUGGCAUUACCCUGGACCUGAUAAAAGGCCGCCUCUAUUGGCUGGACUCCAAGUUGCACAUGCUGUCCAGUGUGGACCUGAAUGGCCAGGACCGCCGGAUAGUGCUGAAGUCCCUGGAAUUCCUCGCUCACCCUCUUGCACUGACCAUCUUUGAGGACCGUGUCUACUGGAUAGAUGGGGAAAAUGAAGCUGUCUAUGGUGCCAAUAAAUUCACUGGGUCCGAGCUGGCCACCCUGGUCAACAACCUCAAUGAUGCUCAGGACAUCGUCGUCUACCAUGAGCUGGUCCAGCCCGCAGGGAAAAACUGGUGUGAGGAAGACUCGGCGAACGGCGGGUGCGGUUACCUCUGCUUGCCAGCACCGCAGAUUAAUGAUCACUCUCCCAAGUACACGUGCGCCUGUGCCGACGGGUACAGUUUAGAAGAGAACGGCCGGGGGUGCCAAAGGAUCAACAGGACCACGGCGGUCUCCGAGAUCAGCGGCCCCCCCAGAGCCACGUCUGCUGCCUGGGCCACCCUCCCACUCCUGCUCCUCACGAUGGCGGCAGUGGGCGGCUACUUGAUGUGGCGGAACUGGCAGCACAAGAACAUGAAGAGCAUGAACUUCGACAACCCCGUGUACUUGAAGACCACCGAGGAGGACCUCUCCAUAGACAUCGGCAGACACAGUGCCUCAGUGGGACACACGUACCCCGCGAUCUCAGUCGUCAGCACAGAUGAUGACCUCGCCUGACCUCGGGGCCAAGUCUGGACUUGGGGACCGGUAACCAAGCCAGCAGCUGAAGUCUUCCUCCCUCCAGUCUGGGAGGUCAUGACAUCUCGGCGUGGAGCAAGCUUGUGACCUUGAGCGUUUUUUAUACCACUUCUUUUGUAAAUAUCCUUGUCCACAUGCUACUUCAGCUUUGGAUAUGGUUACCAAGUCUCUGUAACCCUUGAAUUUCUAGACAGUAUUGCCACGUCUGGCCAAAUAUGCACUUUCCUUAGAAAGCCAUAGUCCAGCAGUGAAACUUGUGCUAUAGUGUACACCUCCUGUACAUAUCACUGUAUAGGCCACCUGUACAUAUCCCCCAAACAAUCACUAUUCUUAAGCACUUUGAAAAUCAUUUCUAUGUAAAUUAUUGUAAACUGUUUUUUCAACGGUUGGGGCAAUGGCAAUAGGAGAAAACGGGUUACUAAGAUGACGUUGCCAAAACAACAACAAAACAAAAACACAUUUGUAAAACUAAUUUUGUACGUAUGAAUGGAGUCUUUGACCUCCAGGGAGGACUGCAGGGACUGGGUGAUCCAACUACUGUACAAUUUUUUUUUCCAAAUGCAAAAAAAUAAAUAAACCAAGCAGCUGAA